UAAAUCUAGCCUGAAACUAUUAUAAAGUCAAAUAGGCGUUAUUAAGUCCAUCGCUAUCCACAGCCUCCCUUCCCUCCGCCCCUCCUCCUUCCCCCCCUCCCGCCAGCCCGCCUAACAACCUUCACGAUGUCCAACAGGAUUAAACAUCCCUGCCCCAUACCGCCUACUCCGCCACCAUGACACUUAACCGCCAGGGGCUUCGGCGGGUCAAUUCCCCUGGCAAGUCCCCAAGGCGGCAUAACUCAUCUCUGCGUAAGAAGGCCCUGGUGAAGAAGAUCUCUGGUGAGGUGCAGUUUGGAGCUGCGUCCAAGGCCAACCUGAAGGUCGUGGUGCGGGUGCGGCCAUUCAACCAUCGCGAGGAGGAGAGUGGUGCGAGAAACGUGGUCAACGCGCUGGACAAACACUCGCUAAUCUUUGACCCUAAGGAGGAGGAGGAUGGGUUUUUCUUCAAGGGGGCGAGACAGAGGUGUCGGGAUAUAAACAAGAAGCAGCCACUAGAGAAGAAGUUUGUGUUUGAGCAAGUGUUUGGGGACGAGGCAACCAACCAUGAUAUUUACCAGGCCACGGCUCACCCCCUUGUCGACACCCUACUCCAAGGGUAUAAUUGCUCGGUGUUUGCCUAUGGGGCCACAGGUGCUGGCAAGACCUUCACCAUGCUGGGGCAGCCUGAGUGUCCUGGCAUCACCUCUCUCACACUGCAGGAGCUCUACCGUCGCCUCAAUGAGCUCAAGGGCCAGCGACUGUGUGAAGUGGCUGUGUCUUAUUUGGAGGUGUACAAUGAGAUGGUGCGUGAUCUCUUAGGCAGCGGCAAGUCACUGGCACUUCAGGAGGCUGGGCAACAGGUGAUGGUGCCAGGACUGUCUCUGCACAAGCCCAGCAGUGCCGAGGAGCUGUUGCAAAUGCUGGCCCGAGGGAACCGCAACCGCUCUCAGCACGCCACCGAUGCCAAUGCUGAGUCCUCCCGCUCCCACGCUGUCUUCCAGAUAUUUGUGCGGCAACAGGACAUGGGGGCAGGCAAGGCCAAUGUGACCAUCUCCAAGCUGUCCAUGAUUGACUUGGCUGGGUCUGAGCGAGGGGCUGCCACAGGCUUUAGAGGAAGCAGAUUCAAGGAAGGGUCAAGCAUUAAUAAGUCCUUGCUGGCUCUAGGAAAUUGCAUCAAUGCCUUGGCAGAUGGCCACCGACACAUCCCAUACCGCAAUAGCAAGCUUACACGCCUCCUCAAAGACUCGCUAGGGGGUAACUGCUGCAGCGUCAUGAUAGCUGCCAUGUCUCCUGCCUCCACCUCCUACGAGGACACCUACAACACACUGCGAUAUGCUGAGCGAGCCAAGACCAUCAGAACCACUAUCAGAAGCAACGUGAGGAAUGUGAACCAGCACGUCUCAGAUUAUAUAAAGAUAAUAGAAGACAUGAAGGAGGAGAUAAGUAGACUGCAGGACAUGGUGAAGCAGUAUAAACAGAAAGAAGAAGAGUGGGAGUCCCAGGGCAAGGUGGAGAAGCUGAAGGAGGUGGAGGUAAUGAGUGAAGAGGAAAUGGAGGCACAGAGACAGCUGCAAGACGUGAGUGGGGAACUGAAGGCCCUGCGCCAAGAGCUGCUGCAGCUGGAGUCUGCCUACAGAGUUACAGAUCUGAAGAGAUACCACUGGAGUGCCCGGCUAGCCAAGGUGCGAGUGAUUUCCUUUGCCUCCCGCCGCCUGGACAAGACCCUCAACAAGUGUGAGCGCACCAUUCACUCCCUGGAGGUAAAGCUGACCCAGACAGCUCAUCGCAUAGAGAUGGUCCAGGGCAAGGUUACCAUCAGCCAGGCCAAGCUGCAGGCUGUCCAGGAAGCUCUGAACAGCUUUGGUUUGGAGCCUGGCCAACCCUCCAAGUGUUCCCAAGCCCUUUUGGAGAAGCACCAGGCCAGUGUUAUGCUGAGGGACAGGCAUCAGCUUGGGAUUCACUGUCAGACCAUGCUGGAGGAGGCACUGAAGGAGCAAAACACCUUGGAGCAGCUCAACCACGUGCUUCUCACUGCUGUCAGGGACUUGUAUCUGCAGUUCAACAUGAAAGACCAGUGCUGCCCUCAAGUUCAAGGCAUAUUCCAGCGUGUAGUGGAGGGGCUGGACGAGUGUCGAAUAGCCUGGGCGGACCAGCAGCGGGUGCCAGAAGAAGGUGGCAGCACGGCAGCUUCAGGGAGCCAGGAACUGGUGCUGCCGUUGGACCCUAUCCACUGGGGAUGCCUCCCCAGCCUCACUGAAGCUGUUAUUUCACCCACAGUCAUGGUUGAGCCAACCACCAGCUUCAGGAAGUCAAGCAUUAUGGCAGCUGUCAAUGGGCCAGUCCUUCCACGCCACCAUAUGGCAGAGGAGUCUAGAUCUUUAUACACUCCCACCUCCAUCAGCACCACCACUCACCCAAGACCAGUCAGCCCCUUGCCUUUACCCCAGGAGUGUCAACCUGGAGAAGCAAAAGAGGAAAGAAGUCAGAGCACAGCACUCGCCUCUCCAUUGCACUCUCUCCAAAGACUACCUUCAGUCCACUCCAGUGUUCAUGAGCGGGGGAGUGCAGUGCCUGCCACACCACUGCAGCAUGAAAGACAGCUAACUGGGAAUGGUUGUAUUAUCCCUGUUGCCUCUCCUGCCAGGCCACUGAACACCACCAUUGAUAUUCCUCCUGCCUCCCAGCUCUCUUCUCUCCCCUCCCCUUCCAUACCCAGAGCCCUUAACAUUACCAUUGACCUGCCAUCUUCAGGCAGCAGCACCACCAUCACUAGGGACAACUCUCCUCUUAAGCCUCUCAACACCACCUUUGAAAUGGAGUCCACUAACACCCCCACCACUUUAGUAACACCCGCCAAGACCAAUACCAGUGUUUCAGCUGCCUCACAGCUCUCCUCUGUCACUGCCUGCACCCCUCCUGUCAAACUACCAGACCCCACUGCCAACAUUCCUUCUGCAUCAAAGCUCUCCUCCUUCUCCAUGCCUUCCAUUUCAACUUCAGGUUUCCCCUCUGCCUCACAGCUCUCCACCAUCACAGUCCCCACCAUGCUCAAACCUCUCGCCACCACUACUUCCCCUCCCUCUGCUUCAAAGCUUUCUUCAUUCACCAACGCCACCAUGAAUCACACUACCAACAAUGACUUGCCCUCAGCCACAAACUUUACCACCGACCCCACAGACACACGCCCCCUCAGGACAGUCCAUAGUGAAAGUAAACUGUACCACAGACCCACCGAAGCCCACCACUUACACCCUAGAAACACAGACAACACAGCAGUACCUGAGGUGGCACCAACCCAUUCUACUACCACAGCGCCCACCACCACCUCAGCCUCGGGUCCCAAUGUGGUACGCAAGCUGUUUGAUGGCAAACCUGCAGGAUUAGACUCAACAUUCUGCAUAACCAUAAAAGACACCAUGGAAACUGAGGAAUCUAAUGUGUUGGCAGAUGCAGUAAGGGAGGCACAGCCAUUAUCAGAGGGCUCAUUAAACAUGAAGGCAGCUGCUGUACCUACCUUGGUACCUCCACCCAACAACCAGCCAAGUGUUCACACCAUGCCAGAGCAACGAUCGUCCAAGCCACUGCAGCUAGUCAGGGGCAUCAGAGGAAUGGCCAACCGGCGUGGGAUAAUGAACCGCACACCAUACAAGCCCCUGAUACAACCAUUCACCCCAGGGAAGGCCAUGGGAGGGGGGUUGAGGAGGAGUGUCAGCACCCCUUCCCUGGCCCCCCCAGCGCCCUCCAUCAAACAACCCACGACUACUACCAAGAAGAAGCUGAAGAGUCUGGCCACCAGUCUCCAAAGAACUUCCAGUUUCGUGACUAAGAGAACAUCGAACCAAGAGAAUGUGCCACCCCAUCAUGUUAGACGACCCCAUGGGCUGAUGGGGCGUGGUGCCUCCCCCUCCAGCCACACCAGAUCACCAGGCCACCACCUUGGCAAGACCUGAGGGGAGUGGCUGUCCCCCUCGCCCCAGGGUGUACCCAGAGUGGUGGACCAAGCAGAGGUAGCAGCUGUGGGCAGGGGCGAGGGUGUGACGGCCUUCAUUGCCCCCUGGAGUAUGCAUGAGACUGCCUGGCUCCACCGCACACCCACUCCCUCCUCCUUGCUGCUUGACCUGGUGGCCGGGCACCACAAGCGCCGCUCAGAUCAACACUGUUCCCUUGUACAGCGCCCUUGUUUACCCCGAUGAUUGAGGUCCAGGACAACUGACCCCUCAGGCUGUGUGUGGGGGUUCAGGUGGCUGGCUCUGGCAUGUACUAUUUUUUUUAUAGAGCAGUCACAGUGUCCUGUGGUUGGCUUGCUUAGUGUCACAUGGAAGAAGUACAAGAUAAUAAAAUUUUAUUGUUGA